AUCAUUGUAUAUGUAUAUAAACUAUGUUUACAUAUUUCUACUUUAGGUUCGUAAUAUAUUUUGAUGGCAAUUAAAUUAAUGUGAAAAGUUUUAUGCAUGUACUUUUAAAAUUUCAAAGCGGCGAAAAAGAUUCACUAAUUGGGAACGCAAUUUAAAGUUGAAUUUAGAAUGGAUGUGACAAUCACGGAUGACAACAGCUAUUUUCAAAUGAAUAUCUAAGAAAUUAUAAAGGAGAAAAGUUGUUGAUAUUCCUUUGUCUCGAACAGUUUUAUGAUUAAUGGUUCAGUAACAUUAUAGAAAAAGUGAACAUUUUAAACUACGAGUGAGAAAUGUAUGGAACGGACAAAAGCAUUGAAAAUGUAAUUCUAAGUUGAUAGAUAUUGAGACAAGGUUAAUAUUUUUAGUGAUGUUCGCUUUGAAAAUGUGUGUGCUCUUUAGCGUCUCAUAAAUAAGUAAACGGUAAAAGAAACGUCUUGAAUUUGGAAAUUCGGCACAAACAAACGGGGAUAUAAAUAUAUAUGAAGACUGAAUUACCGGAAGAAGGGUCCGGGGAGGACAUAUUAAAUGUAGCCAUGACGACCGAUGAAACAUUAUCGACAAUCGCAACGUCAGAAAUUUCAUCAUCGACAACUACAGUAACGGCGACUGUUCAAGCUACAGACGUGGGCAAAGAUGAUGAUUAUGGUGAUGAUGAUUUUAUAUAUUUUGUAAUGGCUAUUGUCGCUGGCACUGUGGCUUUAAUAAUAGCUAUCAUAAUCAUAUGCUUCAUCGUAAAAUCUCGACGCAGACGACAACAGAAUAUACGAAUAUACAGGGAACAUCAGGAAAGACCUCAUUCAAUUAGUUCAGAUUUGAUAGACAGAGAAGAUCAUAUACAGAGAGUUGUAAACGGGGUACAUAACACUCUGUACCACGAGAGCGAUUCGAUACUUCCAAUUGCUGUAUAUGGUAGCCAGGCAGCACCAGAACGUUCGAGUAAUCAACACAGUUCCGUUCAUUUAUCUGAAAACAGUGUGUCUUUCACAAAUCAAAGGGAUAGUAAAAACAGCAAAACAGAUGCAAAUUCUCACAAAAAUAAUUCCCAGCAGCGAACUGAUUCAUUGGCAUCCUCGUCAUCGAAAAAGGAAACACCUACUUCCCCAGUGACUGUCAUUGUUUAUGAAAACACAAAGGCGUCAAAUAAUAUGUUUUUAAAAGCAAGCGACAAGCCAAAACAAUUGAGUAUGCCAAAUUUAAAUGAUAGUUCCAAGUUUUCUCUGGGAAAACGUCAAAAUUCGCAAAAACAAACUAAGUCAGUGCGUGUUGACAGUGAUUAUGAAACGGCGUUUCCAAUUUUCAAUAAAAUAUCUGGACAUGAAGCUAGCAAUGUCGUUGAUAAAGAUGGCAGCAUGAAAAGAAACGUGAAUCCAACAGAAAAACAGGAUACAGAAACUUUACAUAUGGUUAAACAUGUGAAUGGUGGAGAAACGCUUGAAAGAAGUGAAAGUACACGAUCAUACACUGAAGUGUCUGAUUCAGAAAAAAAGAAGUCCGAAGUGAAACCAAAACCAAAAGUCAGACGACAUAUUAAUAAGGUGCACACAGAAAUGGGUAAUGAACAAGAUCCGAAACAAUACAAACAUUUCUCAGCAAAAAUGAAAAGGGACACAUUCAAACAAGCAAACUUGCUGAAUACUGUCCCACCUCCGUGCAAUAAAAACACAUAUGUAAAUGUACCAGAUACUUCAAAUGAUUCCACUUCAAACAAAUCUCUUCAGGAAGAAUCAAUGAAGCAUUCCGAUAGUUUUAAGAAAACUAACAAUUCCGUUUCUAGAGAAAAUGAAAAUUUAGAGUGCGGAGCGAACGAUUACGUGAAUGUUCCUGAAAAGAAAUGUAUCAACUCUGCAUUUAAGAAAAGUUUGAAUGGUGAAACAGCUGAAUCCUUGGAUAUACCAGGUACUGCUAACGUCACUCCAGUUGAAAUAUUAGACGACGAAUCAUAUCAAUAUGAAAAUGUUCCAGAUAAGAAAUCGACUAUCUCUGAAUCAGAUAAACCAAACAGCGGAAAGUCAAAUGAAUGUAUAAAUGAAUUAGAAAAUAAAUCAACUAUUUCAAAACCGGAGAAAACAAAUUGCAACGAAUCAAAAGAUUAUGUAAAUAUGCCUAAUAAGAAAUCAAUUACUUCUGUGACAAAGAGUAAUACUUCAGGUAAAACACAUGAAAGGUUUUCUAAAAAUAAAGUUGUGAAUAAAGAAGUAAAUGAGUAUGUAAAUAUACCUGACAACAUAUCAAUAAAUGUUGUUGCGGAAGAUUCGUGGAGAAAUUCGUGUGAUUACGAAGAUCCGGGGUGUUUUAUGAAUCUUAAAAAAGACACAUCGCCAAAGGACGAGAAAGCAUUGACUGAAAAACACGAUCAUACAAUAAAACAAAAAUCAAGAUAUCCUAAAAAUGUACCAAAUUUGAAAAUUCAAGUACCUAAUUCUAAGACAGACAAGUCAUAUCAGGAUAAAACAGAGACACGGAGAGGUUUUAGAGGUUUGGACACGGUAAGAUUUACAGCAAACGCUAGUGUUACUUCACGGGGAAGGUCAAUCUCUGAAGCAACAACAGAUAAUAAAUUAGACUAUGAGAAUGAAAAUGCAAUGAUCGAAUUAAAAUUGUCGAAGAAAAGACUUCUGCGACGUGGUUUGAGCACAUCCUCAUUAGAAACUAGCGGGAGACUUGUUGAUUGGAGAGCUGAAAAGGUGAAAACAAAACCGCUAGCUCCGUCUCGUGAUGGCAAUGUUUCUGAUGACGAAACGUAUCUAGAAAUGAACAAUGUUCAAAAAGACGAAGAUCUUUACUUGCAAAUGAAUUCACCUAAGGAUAGCAUUUAUGUGCGUAUGACUAGCCCUGAGGAGGAUGAAGAAUACAUGCCAAUGGCAAGCAUGAAGUCCAAUCAUCGCAAUACGUUACAACCGGUUAAAAACGAAGACAUUGGUUUUGCGGUUCGAACUUGUCCGAAACCGUGUGGUGGCGCUCGAAGCGGCGUUUAUGACAAUUUUUCUGAGCAGCCGACAAAUUAUGCAAAUUUCUUCAGAUCGAAAAGCACGAAUAACGUCAAUGAGUAUUCGUAUGCUGAUACCAAGCCUGUCGUAAAAUUUAAUUAGGGUUAUUUAAGUGGCAAUGUCCCGUGUCUGUUCCGAGUGCUGAACUUAUAACAACAGAACUAACUUUCAAAUAUUUUUAAUGUUUAAUAUAUAAAAAGACUUUUAAAAUAUGUAAUACUGUUCUCUUCACGCAUAAUCACAGUGUCAUUUGAUUGAACAAAUAUAUAAAAUAUGUAUGUGUAUGAAUUAUUGUAUAUAUGUGUAAUAUAUUUAUGUGUGUACAAGUUAUUGUACAUAUAAAUGUAUGAAUAAGUUACUUAUUAAAAUGUACUGAAUACUAUGUAUUUCCAAAAUGCAUAUAGAUUUCUAUUAAUAAAAGUAAAAUAAAUA